AUGCCGUCAGCCAGUGAAACGGAUGUAGAAGCUCCUCGUAAUGAAUACAACUGGGUUGAUGGAGCAGAAUCACUCGGAAAAUAUCAACCUGGGGGAUAUCACCCCAUCAUGAUCGGAGAUGUGCUUCAUGAUAGAUACAGGGUUGUGGAUAAGCUGGGAUUUGGGGGCUAUGCAACUAUCUGGCUGGCUCAAGACAGCUUGUUAGAGCGCUAUGUUGCUCUCAAGGUUGGGAUUGCAGACUCUCUUCCACGCGAAACAAGAGUGCUCCGGGAACUUUCGACUUCAGCUUCGGAAUCUACAUCAUCCAGCUUAUCAGCCAGACUCAGAAACUACGCUCAUGACUCGAUACCUGUACCUCUUGAUGAAUUCAAGAUACAUGGACCGAAUGGGACGCAUCCAUGCUAUGCAAUGACCCCUGCCCAAUGCAACCUCCGGGAGGCAUCGUAUAGCCGUUUAUUCCAUAUUGACGUAGCGCGAGCAUUGUCCGCUGCAGUUACAUUAUCGGUCGCCUCUAUCCACUCACGAGGUUUUGUUCACGGAGACAUACACUUGCGAAACGUCCUAGCAAAACUCCCGUCCAGUUUUGACAAUCUCUCAGUCGACCAAUUUUAUGAAGAAUACGGAAAGCCUGAGAUUGUACCGAUUACCAGAAGUGAUGGUGCCCCUCUUCCACCUAAUGUCCCAGCACAAGCAGUGAUUCCCAUCAGUUUCGGCAAGUAUGCUGAGGAUUUUACGCUAAAUGAUUCCCAUGUACUGCUAAGCGACUUUGGGGAAGCAUAUUCUCCUACGUCCGAACCUCGUUUGGGAAAAGAAUGCCAUACACCGCUACACCUAAGGCCUCCGGAGGCACGUUUUGAACCGGAUGCCCCAAUGUCAUACUCAGCUGACAUAUGGGGGUUGGCUGUAGCCAUUUGGGAGAUAGUAGGUAUGAAAGCUAUCUGGAGCUGUGAAUUUGCAACACCAGAUAGUGUGACAAAGCAGCACAUCGAAGUACUUGGGCCCAUGCCUGUGGAGUGGUGGGAGCGAUGGGAUGAACGACAUGAGUACUUCGACGAGAAUGGGAAACCCACACAGGGCAGGGAAGUUUGGCCUCCAUUGGACCAGGCUUUUGAGGAAGGAGUUCAGAAAUAUCGACGAAAGAUACAACCAAAUGGUGUAUUCAGCGAAGAGGAAACGACUGCGUUUCUCAGUUUAAUGCGCCAAAUGCUUGUAUUCCGACCCGAGGAACGACCGACAGCAUUGCAAGUGCUACAAUCAGAAUGGAUGGUUAAUUGGGCCUUGCCUGACUUUGAACGAAGUCUGGGUAACUGA